CGUCAACGUCAGUUCCUCUCCCUCACUGCGCAUCUUCUCAAUCUCAAAACGCGGCCGACUCCCAUCGCCGCGGCCCGCACGUUGCAUCCAAGACGUGCCGUCUACAUCGCUUCGUCUCCCAUUGUCCGAGUGAGUCGCUGCAGCAUCGCUCGGCCCCCGGGGGUCUUCGCCUCGUUUCGGUAUUUUCAGAGCUUCUCUGAAGGGCACCAUGAUAGAUUUGUGCGACCUGGCAUCUCUCGCGACUCUCUUAUCCUUCUAGUGUACCAUCGAAGCUCUUCCCGCGGCUCUGCUCUAGCCAGUCCAACAUGUCGUUUUUUGGGUUCGACACCAGUGGCCAAGGUCACAACACCGCGGCCCCGGGCUUCUCCCAGGCCCAUGAUCCGUUUGCUGGACUCUCUGGCCGCGACGACAUCGGCGACGACGCCCUCGAGUUCGAAGAUACAUACGAUGGGCUCGGCGACCAGCUCGACGAAACCGACGAUGUCUUCAAUGAUGAUACUUUUGGCGGCGACACCGGCCCCACCGGCAAGGUUGGCAAGGACUUUGACUUCUUUGGCCAGACGGCCAAGGUCGCCGAUGCCAUCGAGGAGGAACAUGUUCGCUACCACCGCCAGCAGCCCAUAACUAGGUCCAACGUCCAGCAGGCCCAGCCCGCCAUGCAGCCGACGUCCUACUAUGGCCAGCCUCAGACACAGCGUCCCGCCCGAUCGGGUUACGAAAAAUACCGCGACAACGAGCCCAUGCCUGACUUGCACGUCGAUCAGAGCAUCUGGGGCAUCGGCCCAUCCAAACCCGCCACGGCACAGCCCACCGCUCCUCAGGCCCAGGCUGGGAGGAAGAUCAUGAGUCUGGAGGAAGUCGAGGCCGCCAUGCGCGCUCAAUCGAAACCCGCCCAGCCGCAAGCGUCAUUCACAGAGCCCUCGUCGUACCCGCCUGUCGCCGCCGGCUACCCUGCUCCGCAGCAGCAGUUUCAGCAGCAGCAGCAACACCAGCAGCAACACGCUCAGCCUCAUCUGGGUCACGGACAUCCCGUCACCAUCUUGCAACGGCCCCAGGCGCACCAGCAUGCGAAGCUCCCAACAACCUCGGAGAAACUGCCCACGCCGCAGCCGCAGCCGCAACCGCAGCACGCGCAGCGCCAGCCAGCUCCUACCCAGCCCAUGCAGAUCCUUCAGAACCCGAACCGCAUCUCAACCGAUGCCGCCCGCAUGGGCGUCCAUGGACACCAGCCCAGCCGCUCUCAGGGCUCGCUGCAGGGGAUCCAGCAGGCCCUCCACGCGCACCCUCAUCUGAUGCAGAUGUCGGAGGACGAGAAAGUCGCUUUCCUAGACCAAGAAACGAAGCGUGCCAAGCGGAACCACAAGAUCUGGCUCCUGUCCAAGGAUAACGGGCUCAUGACUCCCCAGGACAAGAACUUCAUCACCCGCAUCCAGCUUCAACAGCUCGUUUCUGCCACGGGCAAUGUCGAGCAAGGGGGCGACGCUCUCUCUGAAGACUUCUACUACCAGGUCUACAGCCACAUCCGAGCUGGCCAGCGUCAGAACCCCAGCCAGCCGCUCAGCAACUUUGCCCAGACGUACCUGUUCCAAACGGGCAGCCGCCAUGGCAUGCGGAGACACGGGCGGCCCGCCGAAAACCACAUCCAGCGCAUGGAGCAGCAGGUCCAGCGCGCGGUGGAGGCCGCCAAGAACAAGCCCAAAAACCCGCAGCUCGUCAUCGCGGGCAGCCUGGGCAAGAUUUCCUUCAGCAACGCCAAGACGCCCAAGCCGCUGCUCAACAUCAAGCGCACCGAGAGCGAGUCGACCCGACCCAGCAACGGCAAGAAGUCGCCACCACAGAGCGGACUUGACCGCAAGAGCAUUCUUCGCAAUGUCGAAAAGGUCUACGAGACGCUCAUGAAGAUAGAGGACCACGUACGCCUACUGCCGCCCCCGCUCACCGGUCAACCCGACCCCGUGCUGGAGGAGAAGCAUAAGGAAUGGAGUGCCAUCCUCGACGCCUACAACGCCAAGCUAUGGAACGAACUCAAGGUCCACGAGCCCAUCGGUGCCACCGUGCUGCACCCGUUCAUCGCCUUCCUCUCUUGCGCCAAGGGAAAGAAGGCAAUCCCUCGCAUCUUUCCGCACCUCAGCUUUGAGCAGCGGACCACCAUUUUGACCAUGAUUGUCUACCAUCUCGACCAGCUGGACGUUGUCGACGGGGCCGCCGUCGACAACGGAGAGCACCUCAACUCGCGUAUGCGAGAGAAUAUUGAGCUGUUCAUCUCUACCGUCAUGCCUUCGUUGAUGCAGUACUUCAACGAUACUGGACUGGAUAUUGUGGACGGGCUCCUCAACCUGCUUGCCACGAAGCUGAACAUUGACCUGAUUGCCCGGACCAGAAUUGGAGUGUCCAUGCUCACCCUGAUUUUGAGCCGCGCCGUGCUGCUGAAGCAGACUGGCGCGGGUAGCCCCGAGCAGUGGGAGAAGUGGGACCAAACAUUCGAGAUUCUGUUCAGCAAGCUCGAGCCUUCGCUGCCGUACAUGUUCCCCGGCAGCGUCAACGCCGGCGUUGACGUUUACGUGUGGCAGCUCCUGGCCGCCAUGGGAGUCACUGCUACGCACGACCAACAGACGCGGCUGGUGCUGGCCGUCAAGGACCGCGUCCUCGACACCGUAUCGCUGGCCAAGACGCUCCCACCUGCCAUGGCGGCGGAGCGCCUCGGCAGUGUCAAUCUGUUUAUGCGUUCUAUCGGCCUGGACGUGGAGCUGCUUCAGUAGAGACGGAACGUGCGGGGCUCGCAUUUGGCUGUGUGGUCCGGCCCUCUGCCCUUUCUUGGGGGCUGUUUCAUGGCAGGUCGCUUACCUAUCCUUGGGCGCUGCUGCUAUCUCUAGGCACAUCGGGCUGGGAUGUGCUUUAGGAGGCCAUGCGCGAGGGAUGAGAGGCACGUCGUGUACAUGGACUGGAUGGAGCAACCAUGCCCAAAUCGGCCUGCAGAACGUGGCGAAGGGGGAGCUUCCCUGCAUCGUGUCGCUACUGUACACUAGGAAAGGGGGGCAGGAUAUGCCGCGAUACCGAAGUGG